AUAUCCAGACAUUUUUUUAUACACCCGAUAAAAAUUGCUUUUUCCCCUUUAUUCAAAUUUUUACACAUACUUUGAUGUUCACUUUAUACCAAAUGUAACGAGACUUUUUGUCAUGUGUUAAGAUAAUGGCACACAUAACUGCAUAUUUUGCAGCUCGAGAUUAUACAAAACCUGCGAUUGAUCGUCGCAUUGCUGAAUUAUUAAAAAGAAGAGUCGGUUUAGAAGAAUUACCUACUGAAAGUUUAAAAGAACGACUUGCCAAAUUUAAGGAGAAUCGAAAUGCUAGACAAGCAUUGCUUAAAGCAACCCAUAGACAGGUCUUGGAAGUUGCUGCUUUUAUUUUAAAUGUAGAUCCAGAUACUUUAGAAGAAGGAAUCAUUGAUAAAGACGAAUAUAUCAAUGUUCUUGAUAGUUUCUUCCUUAAAGAUGGAAAGCGUGCAAUUCUUAUACACUAUCAACCAAUGGAACCACCUCCAUUUGAAUCAGGAAGAUGGAAUCCACAAUAUGAGCGUGAAACUGAAGUAAUACGUUGUUGUGUUACUGAUGGUUCUACAGAACAACUUUCUGGCAAAUGUGUUAUAGUUUAUAGAUUGAAAUCAGACAUUGAUUUUGAAACAAAGCAUCUUCAUGAAGAAGCAUAUUAUGCAUAUGCAGAAGUUGACCCAGUAUCUCGAAGUGCACUUGCAGCCAUAUCAGAUUUAAUUUUAAGGCUAAAUUUACCAGCAAUAAUUGCUAAUAAAGUAUGGGGUGAAUUGUCAAAAUGUGAAACUGGUGACAAAGUUGUGAACAAUUUUAUUUGUGAUUUUAGAGACUUUUGUGAAUUUCUAAGCAGUAAGAGAGUACAACUCAUAAUCAUUUAAAGUCAUAUCUAUAUCUAUACAAUGAAACUACUAUUUCUAUAUUUUGUUUAGUGACUAAAAUAGAUUUAGAAAAUACAAUAAAAUUUUACACCGAUUGGGAGGCCUAUCAUAAGUAUAUAGAAUUGCCAGAAAAUAAUAAACAAAGUCUUACUAACCCAGAAGCUAUAGAAGCUAUAGAAAAUAAUCUUAAAUUAUGGAUGAAAAGUAUGGAACGGGUAAAGUUUAUGAGUGUAGCAUUUUAUUUUAAUCCACUAAAAAAUUAUAUGUAUUUGGAUAUAUAGGCCAUUGUUCAGAGUCAACAAUUACGUAGAGAAACAGAAACAAUGGGUCCAAAUGCAGAACUCAGUUACUGGAGAAGAUUGUUAGCUCGUUUUUCAUCAAUUAUUGAACACAUUAAAUCUCCAUUUACCCAAAAAUAUAUAGAUUUUUUAAAAAAAAUAAGAUCGAAACAUAUAAAAGUAUGUUUAAUUACAAGAUAUCCUUUUUUAUUUAAAGCUUAGAAAUUAAUUCAGAUUUGAUACACAGAAAUGGAAAUUGUUGGAAAAACACGUUCAAAUGAUCCAAAUUCUCGCACAAGAUAAUGUAAAAUAUUUGUAUGCACUAGAAAAAUUUACUCAACCUUUGUACAGGCUUGAUCCAACAAAAAUGGGAGAAUAUUUACCCCCUCUCAUGUAUGUUAUACGAAUGAUAUACGCUACUUCUCGAUUCUUUAAUAGCAGCCGAAUGAUCACAGCAGUUUUUGUAAAAGUACCAUCGUAGAAACAUAAUAAAAAUGAAAAUGUGUAUCUCCAUAUAUUCUAUAAAAUUCCAACGAUUUGAUUAUCAAUUUUCCAGAUGACGAAUCAAAUGAUUUUAGCGUGCAAAGCAUACUUAACAGAGGAUGGCAAAAUAAAUGUUUGGAACGAUGCUAAAUCAGUCAUGAUAUCCAAGAUAAAGGCAAAUAUUAAUUUAAAAAAAUUCUAAGUAAAUCGAUUUACUACAAAAUCUUUUUAUUAUAGGAUUGCAUUAAACUGUGUGAAAAAUACUAUGAAUAUUACAAUGAAAUGUGCAAAGAGGUGAGAGAAUCUGCCGAUGAAAAACCUUUCGAAGUAUCUGAAAUGUAUGUUUUCGGAAAAUUUAAUACCUUCAAA